CAAGGAGACACCAUAGCAUAGCAGUCGUGUAUCAAUAAUCAAUCACAACGUUUCGACGUUGCUUCCUCCCUCCCUCCCAGUCCCAGCUAUUGAUCAAAAGAAGUAGGUAGUUGACGAAUCUCAUUCAUCUAUAUAUAAUAUAACAAACCAAACCAACAACGUCAUUUUAAUUCAACACAACACAAUACAACCUUGGACCAACCAAAUUCAUUCCUUAAUUAUUCCAAACAAACGAACACAAUGGCGGCUGCUUUUAAUCUCUCCUCUUCUUCCUCACCUCCCCUCUCAUGCCCCCGGGUAACCAAUCAAUUCAAAUUGUUCAAUGAUUUACCUCAUGUCAGAGUCAAUUAUAAAAUUCCCUCAAGUCACAACAAUGCUGUUUUUAGUGUUAAAGCUACAUUGGUAACUGGAGGGGGUGAUUUGCUUUCUUAUCCCAAAGAUCUGGUUGUUGGUGCUCAAGUUAUUCAAAUUAAGGAACAACCUAAUGGAACGCUGACAUCGGAUUCGGGGAUAACAACCACUUCUUUCCCGGUUGACUAUGGUGAAUUUGAUUUGGAAAGCCCCGCCGAAGGUUUUGCUUCUAUCCCUGAAGCCAUCGAAGACAUUCGCCGUGGAAAGAUGGUAGUGGUUGUAGACGACGAAGAUAGAGAAAAUGAAGGAGACUUGAUAAUGGCUGCACAAUUGGCAACACCUGAAGCUAUGGCUUUUAUAGUAAAACAUGGAACUGGCAUAGUUUGUGUAAGCAUGAAAGAGGAAGAUCUUGAUAGAUUGGAACUUCCUUUGAUGGUGGACAGUAAGGCUAAUGCUGAAAAACUUUGUACCGCAUUCACUGUGACAGUGGAUGCUAAACAUGGUACCACCACAGGGGUGUCAGCUCAUGAUAGAGCAACUACAGUCUUGGCACUUGCAUCUAGAGAUUCAACUCCAGCCGAUUUCAACCGCCCAGGCCAUAUUUUCCCACUAAAGUACAGGGAUGGUGGUGUCUUGAAGAGAGCUGGACAUACAGAAGCUUCGGUUGAUCUUACCGUACUUGCUGGUUUGGAUCCGGUGUCAGUUCUGUGUGAGAUUGUAGAUGAUGAUGGUUCCAUGGCUAGGUUGCCUAAGCUUCGCCAGUUUGCCAAGCGUGAGAAUUUGAAAAUUGUAUCUAUCGCUGACUUGAUAAGAUAUAGAAGAAAGAGAGAUAAGUUAGUAGAACGUGCUUCAGCUGCAAGAAUACCUACAAUGUGGGGGCCAUUCACAUCAUACUGUUAUAGGUCUCUGUUAGACGGGAUCGAGCAUAUUGCAAUGGUUAAGGGUGACAUUGGAGAUGGAGAAGAUGUUCUUGUGAGGGUACACUCAGAGUGUCUAACUGGAGACAUAUUUGGAUCUGCCAGAUGUGACUGUGGGAAUCAGCUUGCACUUGCAAUGCAACAGAUUGAGGCUGCCGGUAGGGGUGUACUUGUAUAUCUACGCGGACAUGAAGGAAGGGGUAUCGGAUUAGGCCACAAGCUUCGUGCUUAUAACCUACAGGAUGAUGGACGCGAUACUGUAGAAGCCAAUGAGGAGUUGGGAUUGCCCGUUGACUCUAGGGAGUAUGGCAUCGGUGCACAGAUACUGAAGGAUCUAGGUGUUCAAUCUAUGAAGUUAAUGACAAACAAUCCAUCAAAGUAUGUUGGCCUCAAAGGUUAUGGUUUGACUGUUUCUGGUAGGAUACCAUUGUUAACUCUUAUCACUUCAGAGAACAAGAGAUAUUUGGAGACAAAGCGCAUGAAAAUGGGCCACGUCUAUGGCAAUGGUAAAAAUGUUGAAGAUACAAAUGGUGUUACUGGUCUUUGAACAAGCCUUCUUUUUUCCUGCUAGAAAGAUAUGUCAGACACAGCAGAAGAGGAAGUAGAAAUCGACACUGCAGAUGAAAUCCAAAAAGUGACAGUUAAUUAAUUCUAUUCAUGUCUUAUGAAUUGAUUUGCCUGAUUUUCUUCAAGCAGGCACUACUAAAUUACACUUCAUUUUGAAACUUAUAGUGCCAUUGAUUAUAAAUAAGGCCAGUACCAACACAAAUUUCAGGUUUUCUUGUGUUUCUUUGGUGUCUAUUGACUAUUAGUUAUUACAAAGGUUCAUUGUUUCUGAACUCUGGAAGUUAUUGAUUGGAAUAUUUCAA